AUGGUCGCAAUCACGAUUACAGAGUUAAGUCGGUUGCACGGCCCUGAGUGGAUGAGAGAGGCUAUGUUGGUGGGGGGCGUUGUGGUGGAUGGUCGCAAUCGCCCCGGCGAUGGAGAGACUGGACGGAAACGGCCGCAUGCGGGUCCUAGCUGUACCAUCACGACAAACGCUUUCUCAUCUGCCUGGCGCAUUCGAAUCGGUUACCUGCGCUUCCUGGUCCGGCCUCUUGCGAUGGUGCGCUGCCUGGAAGAAAAAAAAAACCUGGCCUUGGCGAAUUCCGGUGCCUGCUCUGCGAUCACAGCCUGGCGGAGCUUUGCUAGCUAUUGCGAUCACUACGGCCCUUCUGUCUUUUGCCCUCGAUAG